AUGUCUUUUUUUUUUGAGAAGAAAGUGGAAAGAACAGAAUGGAGGAAAAAGCAGCAAUUAUAUAUUGUGUUACAGGUUUGGGAUACAUGUGGAAGACCGUUGUUUAGCAGUGGUUCUCACGGUUAUCCGAUCACAAGUUUAGCCUGGAAUAGAGACGGAGAUUUGUUUGCUGUUGGUUCUUAUAAUUUACUACGGCUAUGCGAUAAAGCUGGUGUAAGUUUACACCUCAAAAAAGACAGACUCAAUUUAUUAAAGACUCAAAAAUGGUCUCAUUCUCUGGAUAAACUGUCGUCGCAAAGUGUUCUGAAUAUUAGUUGGUCACCAGAUGGUACUCAGCUGGUUUGUGCAUGUUCCAAUGGUCAUAUCGUGCAUGCACACAUCGUCGAAAGACGGGUUAUGUGGAGAAAUUUGGAAGCAACACAGACAAAAAGAAAAUUUAUUGAUGUCAAAGAUGUUGUUUCAGAAGUUGGGCAAGAAAAAUUGGAAACAAAAGAUCGAAUAAUCAAAAUUGCACUCGGAUACCACCAUUUAGUAGUUGCAACUACUAAACAGUGUUAUAUAUUCAGUUCUGAUAAUUGGAAUACCCCAAUUAUCAAUGAUUUAAAGGCCGGUAGCGUUACUUUGAUAACUCUCUGUGAGCAAUAUUUUCUUCUUGUCGACGACAAUAUAGUUCAGAUAUGGACAUAUGAAGGUCGAAUACAAUGUAUACUAAAAAUUCCAAACAACAUCCAGGGUGAUGUAUUAACUGAAGCGACAGCUGCCAUAUCUAAUGAAACAGUGGCAAUUCGAGACAGAAUUGAUCGUAGCUUAAUUCACUUUUAUGAAACUUUGACAGGAAAAAUUGCUGGUGAUGGAGAGCUGAAACAUCAGGUACAGUUUAUUGUAGCUAAAAGUACUACAGUAACAACUAUUAGAUUUAAUGACACAACCAACAUGUUGGCUGGUCUACAGGAAUAUCGCCUAAUUGUGUGGGGCUAUCCAGCUAUGGUUUUCAUUGAUCGUGAAAUGCUGUUAAAAACGAUUAUUGAGAAAGAAGUGGACAACCUAGGACGAUCUGCUAGUCUCGUUGCUUUUCUUGGCAACCACGUGUCUAUACGGCGUUCCGAUGCAGCACUGAUUCCUUGUUCGGUACCACCAUAUGCUGCAGGUCUUUGGCGAUAUGCGUCUGGAAUGAAAUGGAAUCGUGCUAUUAAAUUAUGUCGACGUAUACAGGAAGACUACUUAUGGGGUAUUUUGGCUGGUAUGGCUACGACAGCAAACAGUAUAGAUACUGCAGAGAUUGCUUAUGCAGCUUUGGACGAGGUUGAAAAAGUUUUGUUUAUUAGUAAAAUUCAUUCAACAGUUGACAGAAGUAUGAAGGCUUCAUUAACUGCGUUCUUCAACAACAACAUCAACGAUGCAGAAUCUAUGAUGAUUAGGUCGGGUCUUAUUUUGGAUGCAAUUAUGGUCAACAUUUCAAUGUUUCGUUGGAAACGUGCAUUAGAAUUGGCUGUUCAUUACAAGCAAUAUAUUGAUACUGUACUUGGAUAUCGACAACAAUAUUUGAAAGCAAUUAACCGAACUGAAACAGAUGCUGAAUUUAUUAAACAAUUAGCUGAGGUAUUAAAUUUUUUAUUGCAAACUAUUUCAGGAUUAUAUUAA